AUGACCAAAACAAAGAUCUUGGUGCUACAUCCCAAUCCUGAUAAUCUCGAUGAGAUAAUCAAAAAGGCCAAUACUCAGAAUACGAAGAAUGGGCCUUUUGAAGCCGUCUUGCUUCUAGGCGUACACGAUCUUACCCCAGCUUCUACUGUUCCUCAAGUACCAACAUACUACUGUGGUAAGACAGCUGAAGAGGCAAACUUUACAGAUAAAGCUGAAAACCUUGUAUGUGUUUCUGGAGCUUGUCCGAUUCUUAAGCUCGGCUCUGGAGUCAAAAUUGGGUUUCUUAGUCGGAAUGCUGGGGAUGUUGUGGGUGAGGCUGAUAUACUAGUAUCUUUCCAUUGGCCAUACGCUGUGGCCAGAACCCAAGGGUUAUCGGUUAUUGGGGAGCAGGAGGUUGAUGAGGUUUCAUUGAAGCUUCAGCCUCGGUACCACUUUGCUGUGGGCACAGAAAAGGGUCGUUUCUAUGAACAUCCAGCUUUCCAGUGGUCAACCUCCAGAGCAUGUCGAAUGAUAUCUUUGGGCCAGGAAGGGUCAGGAAAUAAGUGGUUUUACGCUUUUUCUAUUGAUGCAAAUGAAGACGAUACGUUUGUUGAUGGCAAGAACCCUUAUACUACUCAAGAUACGUCUGCUCCAGUGGUGACAGAGAAAACAGCUGAGCCAACCAAGUUGCAACCACUCAAGAGACCAGCUGAAGAGACGGAAGAUGCAGCUAAAAGACCUAAAGUUGUUGCUCCUCAGGAAUGCUUCUUUUGUCUUUCCAACCCAAAUAUCGAAUCCCAUAUGAUCGUCGCUAUCGGGAAACACAGUUACCUUGCCACAGCAAAGGGCCCUAUGCCUCUACCUCAAAGGCCAUUGGACUUUUCUGGACACGCUAUUAUAAUUCCAUUUGACCAUACUCCAACACUUGAAGACCAGUCAGAACAGAGAGAAGAAAUGGCAAAGUUCCAGAAGACGGUUGCUGAGGGUUUCUAUGAGAGGUCAUUUGCAACCAUAUUCUUCCAGAUCAGUCGUCCUGAAAACGUCCAUAUUCAUACACAGCUCAUCCCCGUACGCCUUGAAGGUGCACAAGAACAACUUGAAAGAUCAUUGGCGGAACGCACAAAACAGAACAACGAAAAAGCUACAUAUAGACAGCAACUCAGUUUCACCUCAGAUCCAAAAGAGGUGAAAGAAAUCCUUGAAACUAACAACUUUAUCCGGUUUGUUCUUUCCAUGGGAGACCAGAUUAAGGUCUACGCAGCGCAGCUUCUGUCUGAAAAACCGGUAGACUUGCAAUUCCCAAGAAGGGUCAUGUCUUUCCAUCUUAAAUGCCCCAAAAGAACAUACUGGGACAGAUGUAAACAAACCAAGGGACAAGAAAUCACAGAUUGUGAAAAGUUCAAGACAUUCUACAAACCCUACGACUUCACUUCAUGA